CAACAUGAAAGCCGGGAGUCAAAACGAGGAAUGCUCCUUCCGAGAAGUCGACAGCCUCAUGAAGACGGUAGAGUUGACUAUCCACAUCCCCACUUUCGUCCUGGGUCUCGGACUCAAUCUACUGGCCAUCUGCAGCUUCGUCUCCUUCCUGAGAAACCGGCGGGAGGAGUACAGGGUCACGUCCAUCUACAUGAUCAACCUGGCGGUCUUUGACCUGUUGCUCGUGCUGUCUCUUCCUUUCAAGAUGGCGCCGGCCCAGCCUUCGUCCUUCUGCACCAUGGUCGAGUGCCUCUACUUCGUCAGCAUGUACGGCAGCGUCUUCACCAUCACCUUUAUCAGUUUCGACCGCUACGUGUCCAUCGGGUACCCGCUCUGGGUGCGGAGAGUCCGCUCCCCGAGGAACGUCCUGCUGGUCUGUGGCUCCAUCUGGGCCCUGGUGUGGACGUGCGCCAUCCCCAUCCACAAAUUUCACGGAGAGGGCCCCAAUUCCACCUGCUUCCACAACAUGUCCGACGGCGCCUGGGGCGCCCAGGCCAUCGUCCCCCUGGAACUCUUUGGAUUCCUGCUUCCCAUGGCCACGGUCUGCUUCUGCUCCUUCCACAGCAUCCAGAAGCUGGACCGGUCGGCCGUGAGGAGGGCGCCCAUCAUCCGCUCCAUCGCCGCCAGCCUGGCCGUCUUCGUGGCCUCCUUCCUGCCCGUGCACCUGUGCAUCUUCCUGCAGUUCCUGGUGAGGAACGGCUUUGUCCAAGACUGCAGCAUCAAGCAGGGCAUCAGCUUUGCCCUGCAGCUGGCCCUGUGCCUCGCCAACAUCAACUGCUGCCUGGACGUCUUCUGCUACUACUUCAUCAGCAAGGAGUUCAGGGCAGGGAUCACGAUCCUCCACCAGCCGUCGUGAAGAGCUCGGCCUCUGCCACAAGAGAGCACGCGCAUAGUGGGGAUAAAAGGGGAGGCUCUGAGAUUGAGGAGGGCUGGGUUUGUGCAGAAAAGGAGGCUGUAGCUAACCCUUGGGGGGAAAUCAGGUGAGAAACUGAGGCCCAGAGAGGGGAAGAGACAGAAUGACAGAGCUAGAAAGUACUGCAGAAGCCAUUUAGCUGACUCUCCUACUCUACUUAUUCAGUAGAAUGCCCACCGACUGCUGACUCCAGGUCCCAGACGCUACCUACUAUGUAUGUCAUACAUUCGUAGCACGAUCAGGGGUUCUGAAUCCCAGUUGAGGGCUUUUUCCAGAUACUUGUAUCUCAUCCCAGGAGAUGCCACAUCCCCUUUACAACACCAUCCCCUGCCUUUCCCAUUGUAGGAAACACAAUCUAUCCGAUUCUAUCCAGCACACAAGCCUGUCCUGUGAUAGGACAAAAAUUUAAGAUUUUCAGGAUUCAGACAUCGCCUAGGACUUGGAGGGAAGGAAAGGCAACAAAAUCCAACUAGAAAAUGUAACGGAUCCCAUCAAUGAUAUCUUUGUCCCAUACCAUGAGCCCACAGACUUUGUGGAGGUGAUCUUUGAUUGUGGUAAGAAGGUUCCCCCCCCUUCCAUCAUUCAGCUGAGUGGAAUUUCCCAAGCAUUAGAUAAAUUUCUCCUUUAAAAUCGAAUGUGGGAUUGAAAAGAUUGGCUUUGAAGAAGAACCCAGAACCUGCCUCUCUUCCUAGCCAAGGUGUGGGACUAUGGGAGUACAAAGAACAUUGCAGAUACAAUAAUUGGUUAGUGUAUUGCUUAGUUUUGCUGAAAAAAAAAUUCCCCUUUUAAAAAAAAAUGUUUCUUUCAAGGAGGAGAAAGGACUUGUCUGGGAAUAAAGUGAGCAUUAAAGUAAAAAAUAUCUGUAAAUUUUCCCAAAAGAAGUAAAAAAUUGACUGUAGGUCUUAAUUUAAUAACUCUGGUAGACCACAUUGGGAUUGGGUCUUAAGCUCCUGGUAUCCGAUCAAUGAACUUUGCCUUUUGAAACACUCUCCCUCUAAAAACUGCAUUAUCUUUAG